UUCAAAAUAGCAUAGGCCUUAAGGGAAGUAUUUGUGUGGAUACUGUCAAGCAUGAAGCAUGAUACCUACCUGGCUUUUAUUUAAUUGUACCACUGAUUGAUUAGGAAAUGUUUUAUCAAGAUAAACAGAAAAUAUCACAAGAUAGUAUUAUUUUGCAUAUGAAAUUUGGAGGGAUGGUUUUUUUUUCUCUUUUAUUUAUAAUGAUGUUUCAAUGUCUUUUUGAUACUGUGCCAGUGCCUUAUAAUACUGUGCCAGUGCCGUAUCAUUACUGUGUCAGUGCCAUAUAAUAUUGUGUCAGUGCCAUAUAAUACUGUGUCAUUGCUGUACCAUGCUGUGUUAGUGCCAUAUAGCACUGUGUCAGUGCCAUGUAAUACCAUGUCAGUGUUGUGUAAUGAUAUAUGUGUACUGUGACAGUGCUGUAUAACUUUGUGUCAGUGCCAUAACAGAACCUUGACAGACUAUUGGAUGAUAUAACCCCAAAAAGCAAAGUUCAUAAAUUUCCUUGUCUUUGUCAAGGAGUUCAGUAUGGAUCACAUCAUCAGAAUUGUUCCCCUUGUGUUGUUCCUGGCCACAUCAGUGGUGCCUCAGAGUUGUGUUUCUCCAACAAGCAGCUGUGAUUGUUUCGAAGAGAACAAGAAAAAAAUAAUCAAUUGCCGGUAUAAAAAUUUGACAGAAAUUCCGACAUUUACGAAUAUAUAUCAGGUUUAUUAUGAAAUACGAUUUACUUCAUCUGAAGAGACUGGAAUGUGUCAACCUUCUUCUGGCUGCAACAAUAUCAGACAGAUAGGAGCUAAUGCCUUUGCUAACUUGAAAGUGAAGAGAAUAGAUCUGCUAAAUAAUCCUAUAACAAAAAUAGACCAUCAUGCUUUUGAUGGUUUAACUCCAGAACUGGAAGCCAUUUCACUUGAAGGAGAUGGAUCAAGUGUGAUGCCAUACCAAGCACUUGCCUCUCUCGAUGUACAUCUAAAAAAUCUGCAUCUUGAAAACUUUGACCAUCAAGUUAUUCAAUCACCAAUUGUCUUUCCAUUUCCAAUUUUAGAAUCACUUACUAUUAAAAAGUGGACAAGACUUGACAGUAUCGAUGCAGCUGUAUUCGGUAUAAUGCAGAAUUUGACGGAACUGAAGUUAAUCACAUUAAAAAAUCUUACUACUCUUCCAGUGCCUGCUAUUCAAAAGUUUUUGAAGUUAACAUCUAUUGAUAUUAUGGACACUGGCAUAAGAUCUAUUUUUGGAGACACAUUCACACCAAUGUCUGUGCUACAGGAUGUCAAAAUACGUAACAAUAUAUACUUAAAUACAAUAUGUCAAAGAGCAUUUAGUAGAAUAACUGACACUGUGGAAUAUUUAGAUAUUGACAAUAAUAAUCUUAAUGUAAUAAGUAUUGAAUUUCUCCAAAACGAAAACUGGCCUGUUUUAAGCCAAUUAAACAUUGGCUAUAACUACAAUCUAAAGAACCUUCCAAAGGGAAUAUUUACUAAAACACCAGCCUUAGCAUAUCUAACAUGCCAGGACAUUGGAUUAACAAGUAUAAACAAAGACAUGUUUACUGGACUUUCAAAUCUGCAUACACUUGAUCUGGCUUAUAAUGAAAUAAGAACGGUUUCUGCAGAAACAUUUAAAAAUUCACCAACUUUAGUUGAACUUCGACUGCAUGGCCAACAUAAUAAUGACCAUAUAGACUUCCAAAAUAAUGCAUUUAGUGGAAUUGAAACUUCCAUAGAGACACUUAGUCUUUUCAAAAACAAGUUCAAUGUUUCUCAGUUUUGGAAUGACAUAUCAAGGCUGUCAAAUUUGUUAGUGCUAGAAAUUAUGGAUACUGGUAUUGAAAAUAUUCCUGAUAAAGUUUUCAGAAAUAACAUAAAACUUACAGAUUUACACAUGGCUGAUAACAAUAUAAUUUCAAUAAAACAAGAGACAUUUUUCGGUCCAAAAGAUACUCUAAGGACUAUAGACCUUCAGAGAAACCAAAUACAAACCAUUGAUCGAUGUACAUUGAAUGACUUUCCUACUAAACCAAAGAUGAUGUUGGCAGGGAAUCCACUGAACUGUGACUGUGAUUUGCUUUGGUUAUAUGACUGGUUUGAACUGCAAAGUUAUCAAGAUCACAGUAUGGUAGCUUGUUCAUCACCAUCCUCACUUGCUAAUAAAUCCUUCACAAAAUUCACUAGAAGUGAAAUGUGCGCUAAUGGAACUUUAGUAGUAACUUGCCCAGAUUUAUAUGCAACAACAACAACAUCCACCACAAGUACCAGCACAACAACAACAACUUUCAGCCCUUCAUUACCUGUAACAAUAUUGACCCGUAAGCGUGACACUCAGCUUUCUCUCAUCACUUGGCUAGCGAUUGGAGGAACAGUUCUUGUGGCACUUUUUAUUGCUAUACUAGUAAGCAUCCUUAUUUUUAAAAGAAUAAAGAAACAGAAAGUGUUGACAGAUUCUAUAAGCUUCAUGAUAAAUACUGAUGCUCAGUAUGCAGACAAAAAAGCUCAACACAUUAUGCCAAAAGCAGGGAAAGAAGGUGUUAUUCCUAAACAUUCUGAUAUAAAUGUUAUAUCUGUUGAAGAGAUGGCAGAUAUAAGAAUAUUAUCUAACAAUAGUUACCAAAUUUCAAAUAAGAAAGGAGUUGACUCUCCCCCAAUACCAUUAUCAUCUGAACAUUUAUCAGAUGCUACUCCUGGAUCAAACCUAGAGACUGGACAUGGAUGUGUUAACACAGGAUUUAGAAAUAGUACGGAAUAUUUAAAGGAAUCUUGAACAGUAAUGUGCAAGCCAAGUACAUGUACUGUAGUUAAAUCUCAGUUUUUAGAAAAUAUUCUGGAAGUAAAACCAGCAAGGGUCAAAGAACUUUGGUCUGAAGCUGAUUACAUUCUAAGUUAGGCAGAAUGCUUUAAACUUUAAUUAAAAAUAGUGACUGAUCUUGUAAAUGUAAUCUUAUUUUGAGAAUGUAAAUUACUUUAAUUUUAUACAGCACCCUUUGACUCUAAAGGUGUAGCUUUUGAGAGGUCACAAUGGCUUGUUAGUCCCCUACUGGUUGAAAACCAGUUUUGGGGACUAUAGGAUUGUUCUUUUCCAUCAAUCUUUCUGUCCAUCUGUGCAUCAUUCUGUCACUCCUUCCAUCUGCAAUUUCAUGUUUGUCCAUAACUGUCUCAUUCAUCAAGGGAUUUUAAUAAAACCUGGCAUAAUGUUCCCCUUGAUGAGACCACGUGUCAUGCACUAAACCAUGAACCUAUCUCAAAGGUCAAGGUCACACUUGGAGGUCAAAGGACAGCAGGACUUUUUUCCUGUCAGGUCUGUAACUCAACAUUCCAUCAGUGGAUUUUAAUAUUACUUGACACAAAUAUUCCCCAUAAUAAGAUGUGUCAUGCACAACUUUUACACCCUCUAGCUUAAAGGUCAAGGUAACACUUAAAAGGUGAAAGGUUAGCAUUGCUUUAACAGGAUCUGUUUCGUUUCCAGUCCAUAACUCUGUCAUUCUUAAAGGGAUUUUAAUAAUACUUGGCAGAAUGUUCCCCAUAAUCAAACCACAAUGUUAUGCCAUGUGCAACAGAUGGAACCCUAGCUCUAAAGUCAAGGUCACACUUGGAGGUCAAAAGUAAAUAGGGUUGUUUUCCUGUCCCACCCAUAACCUUGUCAUGCAUUAAAGUAUUUUAAUAUUACAUGGCACAAUUUUUUUCCAUAAUGAGGCAUGGUGUCAUCACCCAGACACCUAGCCCAAAGGUCAAGGCCUUACUCUGAGGUCAAAUAUUACUAGAUCAAAUAUCACUAGGUAUUUUUUCCUGUUUGGUCGAUAACUCUGUCUCUAUGAAGAGAUUUUAAUAUUACUUGACAUGAAUGUUCCAUAUAAUGAGACCAUAUGCCAUGUGCUACACCCAGACCCCUAGCUCAAAAGUCAAUGUCACACUGGAGGUCAAAGUUCAGUAGAUUUUUUUCCCUGUCCAGUUCAUAACUCCUGUCAUUCAUCAAUAGAUUUUAACAAUUUUUUGCACAAAUGUUCCCCACAAUGAGAUGGUGUGUCAUGUGUUACAUCCAGGCCCCUAGCACAAAGGUCAAGGUCAGACUUUGAGAUGAAAAGUCAGUAGGUUUUUAUUUCCUGUCCGGUCCAUAACUCUACCAUCAUUCAAGCGAUUUUGAUAUAACUUGGCACAAAUCUUCCCUGAAUGAGACAACAUGCCAUGCGCAACAACCAGUUGCUAGCUCAUAGGUCAAGGUUACUCUCAGAUGUCAAAGGUUAAUAUGUUUUUUUCCUGUCUGGUCCAAAAUUGUGUCAUCCUUCAGUGUUUUAUUACUUGGUUUGAAUGUUCCAUGUAAUGAGAUGAUGUGUCAUGCCCAACAUUGAGAUCCAUAAUUCAAAGGUCAUAAUCACACUUGGAGUCAAAAGUCAAAAUUGAUCUUUUCUUGUCAUGUCUGUAAAUAUUUUAGAUUGUUUUUUGUCCGGUCUGCAGCUUUUUCUUACAUGCAUUGAUAUUUAAAUAACUUUGUUUAAAUAUUCAACAUAUUAAGCAUAUGAUUGUGUCAUAUGAACCUAGUUAAAAAAGAAUUUUUGGUAAAUGUUCUUUAGAAUUACUUCCCUUUAAAAAAAAUAUGAAGAAGUAUUUCAUUACAUCUUUCUCUUAAUUUCCCACCAAUUUAAAAAGGAAAUGUUCUUUUAAAAGUACGUCUUUUAUUUAUAAAUAUUUUAAGCAAUCAACAAGCGUGGAUAUUUAUUGAUGCAAAUUUUAAUCCAAACAUUUAGUGUUAUAAUAUAUUAUAUAUAUAACACCAUAUUGUAUAUACAUCAUUGACAGAUAUCAUAUAUUAGAUCAUUAGAUUAUACUGCAGUUGAGAUAAUUAUAGUGACCUUCCAGAUGCAUGGCAGUACUUCAUUCACUUAAAAAUUGUUAACUUGACUAUGAUCUUGUUGUCAACUGAAAAAUUAAAAGACAAGGGCAUGUUGUCUGGAAGCAUAGAGCAUAGCAAUCACAGCCAGGUGCACACCACCAUUUAGGCCUGUCACAAAUAGAAUCUGUAGUGGAAAGAUGAAGCAGAUGGGUUGCUUCGAAUAUUCAUCAACAAGUAGUGGAAACCAUGAAUUUUGCCAGAUUGUACCUGUGAAAAGUGUGUGUUGUGAUGGGGUAUGAUAUUCAUACCGUUAGAUGACAUUUUGGUCGUUACAGAGAUCAGUUCCUUCAAAAGUAUGCAAAUUUGGAUUAUUUAAAAAUGAUGUGAAAGAAAAUGAAACAGAACUGUAAAUGUAAGGAAUAUAUAAUUGAGCCGCGCCAUGAGAAAAUCAACAUAGUGUGGUUGCGACCAGCAUGGAUCCAGACCAGCCUGCGCAGUCUGGUCAGGAUCCAUGCUGUUUGCUUUCAGAGCCUAUUGCAGUUAGAGAAAUUGUUAGCGAACAGCAUGGAUUCUGACCAGACUGCGCGGAUGCGCAGGCUGGUCAGGAUCCAUGCUGGUCACAAACGCACUAUGUUGGUUUUCUCAUGGUGCGUCUCUAAUAUAAAGUUACCAUCUGUAGAUAAAAUACAUUGGGCUGUAUAUAGUACAUGUUGAGACCAUAUGCCUCCACACAUUUUAAACAUCCCAAUAUAUUAUAUCCAGAUGUUAACCGUGUAGCCACAAUUUAUUCUAAAAGUAAUUAUAUAAAGUAGGGAUGGGAACGAAUACUGAAAUCAAUAUUCGAAUAUUCGGUUUGCCAUAUUCGAAUAUAUUCGAAUAUUCGGUUUAUUUUAAUGGAAGCUUUACAUACUUAUUAAGUGAUUGGCAUAUACACAACGUAUUCAUUUGAUUAAAGUGUGGAUCAUCGUACGUAAUAAGGCCAAAAAAUGUUUGAUUCAGGUAACCCGAUACUACCUUAGGCUAGCAAAUUCCGCCAAUCCUAGCGUUUAUUUCACGAUUCUGUCAGUAUAAUCAUGAACAUAUUAAACUAAUUCAGUGUUUUAGCUUCAAAAUGAUACAAAACAUCAAAACGAUUAUAAUUUAGACAGUCGCAAUUUUAUCUAAAGAUAGCAGGUCGUCCCAGUUAAACACGUGACACGCUGUUGUAUUACCGCCGCCAUUUUGAAAAUUUUCAAUUGGCGUGUAAAAAUCGUCGUGUAAAAAGCAAAUAAGGCAGAUUUAAACCUCCUUCAACAUGAACUUAUGCACCAAUCAUAUGUUAUUUCUUGAUUUUAAUAUAAAGUACUUCAAAAUUUAAUUCAAAUACGGCCGAUUGCGGAUGAAAACCGAUUCUGCAGAUGGUCUAAAACGUCGUACAAAAUAUUGUGAAAAGAUCGACAAUAUCUACAAGUUUGGUAUUGUUUUUGAAAAAAAAAAUUCACAACUUGUUACAUAAAACAGGCGCCAAUAAAAACGAACAAAAGAUAAAAAGAUAUCACAUUUACGCCUAAUACAAACUGUUAAUCCGUAGCGAUGACCCCAGGUAAUUAUGCUUUGCAAUUUUCUUGUUAAUUGGACAUCUUUUGACAUGCAUCUGACACAUUGACGCCUGUUGCAAACUGUUAAUCCGUAGCGAUGGCCCCUGCCAAUUAUGCAUUGCUAUUUUCUUGUUAAUUGGACAUCUUUUGAUACGCGAUAAACAAACAUGACAUGGUUUUAUUCUGUAGAAUUAGCAUGUUCAUAUUGCCCAAAAUCAAUGAUACUUAUUUUGAAAAAAAAAAACAAAAAAAAAACAAUAAUUUACGAAUAUUCGAAUUUGAUUUUCAUAUUUGAAUAUUCUUCCGAUUUCCGAAUAUUCGAAUAUUCGUUCCCAUCCCUAAUAUAAAGUGUAUGUUUUAACAUUCAAACCUACAACUGCUGUUCUUGGUACUUUUUGAGGAUGUUUUAACAGAAGGUUAAACGUGUGUUCACAGAGAAAUUCUCACACAUCUUUUUAUAUAUGCGCGUUGCAUGGCAAAGCAUAACGGUCUUAUGGCCCGACAACGGCGACUUCAAAAGGAAAUGACUUCCAACAUGAACAACCAUUGCAUUAACAUAACUUCGCAUUUCAUGAACAUUUAUUGACAUUGAUGGAUAGUAUACAUUUUAGCAUUAUACAUGUUUUAUGUUAGAAUUUCGUUAACACAUGUUUCUUUUGUGUUAUAAUAUCUGCAGAAUCCUUUAAGAUACGUUAGUUCCCUCUCCAUAGAGGGUUCAGGCACCAACCAAUUCUGCAGAUGUUAUAACAGAAAAAAAACAUGCAUUAUCCCUUCAAACAUAGCUAAUUGUUGUAGUUUGAAACAAAAAUGUGAUAUUGUAUUUGUACAUAUCAGGAUAAUAUUUUAGCAUUAUCAUGUGCAUAUCAUUCAAAAUAUUACACUUUUCAUGUGUUAAGAUUUGAAAACAUAGUAUUUUCUACUGAAUAAUUUUGUUAUGCUUUGUCCCCCAAAUCCUUAUUAAGACUGUGGUUUUCACAGAAUUUGGCCAAAACUUACAGAAAUGUAUCAUUAUGAAUUUGACUUGAUUUUCUGGACAUAAAUGUACCUUGCAGGAUUUAGGAAUUCUGGUCCUUUGGAAUUUUACAAAAUAUUGUUAGUAUGCAGUAUUAAUGAAAAACUUUACUUGAUAGCUUCUGUUGUCAAGGGAUCUGGCCAAACAUAUAGAAAUGUCUCAUCAUGACCUGAACUUGUGCAUUUUGUCAGGAAGUGCAUGUAGCAUGGAAGUAUGGUUCGCUAUGCAACUUUUCAAGGGACAAAAUUACAGAGUUACAUGCAUUACUAUUAAAUGAACUU